AUGGUAUCCGUAAGAAGAAGAAAGAUGAAUAGAUCAUCAGUCGGUAAGGCGACCAGAAGAGUUAAAGAUAAACAAAGAAAAAUUAAUAUUAGAUCGAAUCCAAUCAUUGAAAAAAAUUGGGAUUAUUCUUUGACAUUGUCUCAAAAUUAUAAAAAAUUAGGACUUCGAGCUAAAUUGCAAACUCCGGCUGGUGGUCAAGAAGCUGAUUUGAGUAAAGUUAUUAGAAAGAAGCCAACUAUCCCAUCCCCAUACGCCGAUGAUGACGAUUACAGCGAAAAUGAAAGUGAGGAUGAAAGGGAGGAUGAAAGUAACUCUAAAGAUGAAUUCGAUGAAAACAAAAUCCCAGAAGGUGAAGCGAGAAUACAGCGUGAUGAAGAUGGUAAUGUUAUUAAAGUAGUGUAUGGUAAAAUGAAAAAAUUCGAUAUUGACCAAGACAUCGAAGAAUUGAAAAAUCAAAAUAAUGCUGAGGCUUCAAAGACUGAAGUGGUGAGAGAAUUAGAAGCUUUUGCUAAUAGACCUACGGUUAAGAAGGACAGAAUUCAAAGUUCAAGAGAAGAGGAAUGGUUGGAAAGAUUAUAUGAUAAGCAUGGGGAUGACUACAGGAAAAUGUUCUUCGACAAGAAACUAAAUAUAUAUCAACAAUCUCAAAGCGAUCUAAAGAGGAGAUUAACUAAAUGGAAGAAGAGACACAAUAUCGAAUGA